AUGCAGAGUGACGCACAGCACCCUGCAGGUCGGGAGACCAGUGCUCUAUCUACCAUUGGAGGACAUUUGAAUGUUAACCAAGAGACAACCUUCAAUCAUAUCGACAUCACCGAGCCUUACCCACACUAUGAGCUUGAAGCCUUUACGCUAGAUGAGCAAGUGUAUGAUUUUGGUACCGCUGCAGAUUAUAAUGACAUUCUCUUCAAAGAGAUGAACAUUGAAAUUGACGCCCUGACCUCAACAAAUCACCCGUCUAUGUCAGUUUGGAGUACUCAAUAUGCCACUACAUCAAUACCGGAGGCUGCAAUUCAUAUCCCGGCCGGUAUAACUACAGGCUUGGACAUCCGUGUACCCAACACAGUUUUACCUUUGGAGUGUAACCUUGAAGUGUCAAUGUCCAACAUCACGGGGAACAAUUGCACAUGUAGUCAUAAGGAGGAGAAAUGUGUACCGAGUCUACUUUUUGGCCCAAUGGAAGCCUCUGGUCAUCCGAUUACUACACCGCAGAGAGUAUCAGGACCACUGACAGCUCGCGGAUCAGCAGACACUUCUCGGAGAGCAGCGCGAGGCAGAUUGACUUGUCCUCAUCCAAGGUGUAAUAAAACUUUCCCACGCCAAUAUGAGCAAGUCUCUUCCCCUCAUUUCAUGGCGGUAGUCUGCUCUGCUUAUGGGUGUCAUCGUACUACGAAGCCAUUCAAGAGAGCAGACAAAUUCAUGGAACACUUCAGAAAGCAUGGCAAUUCGCAAAGUUAUCGAUGUCUAAUGGAGACUUGCCAGUCUGGCUCCUUUGAUAUUCCUACCUUGACCGAUCAUCUGGUGAUGCAACAUUAUAUGGACUACGAUACCCAACAAAACUUUGACUGGAUCAUGAAAACUGUCUUGAGAACAAACUCGAUUCCGUUCUGGUUUGGUCGUGUCUGUUCGACUGGUGGGGAUCUGUGCCCACUGGCAUCAAUUGGCUGCACGUAUCGAAUCUCGGCUGAUGUCGGGGAACGCCGUCAUGAAUUCGUGAUGAGAGCGCAUGCUAUUACUCACAAACAUUCUGAUCUCGUGGAAGGAAAAGAUCUUCUAAGAGAAUUCUUCGCAGGCAAAUUGCAGUGGUACCUAGACGAAGGGGUUAAGGAUUGCAUGCUGUGUUUAUUCCAGGUCAGAGGCUUCCACCACCGAAACAUAUUCUUUACUCACUUGAUGGGCAAUCAUUCCAAAGAAGAACGAAGUUCCGUUCUCAAAGAUAUUUUCCGCAUCGUCGAGAUCUAUCACAAAAAUUUCUGCUAUCUUCAGCGCCAAGGGGAAGUACCUAGCGCCGUAGCUCUCGCAAAUGAAUGCAGAGCGAUCGGUCUUAGUUUUCGACUAUUAGCUGACAACUUCUUUGAUGUGCCCGAUCGGCUUGAGAGUACUCAGCAUAUCGUACUUACCCGGCUUUUAUAUGCGUAA